AUGUCUUCUCAACUCGAUAAUGGCCUUCCCGCCUCGCCGUUGCUACGCCUACCUUUUGAGGUCCGCCUCAUAAUAUACGAGUACCUUCUCUUUCCAUCCACGACUCCUUCGACUGGAAACGGAACGUCGGUUGCGAAUUUACUUCCAGAUUACCACACAUAUUACUCUGAGGACACAAAUAGCGAUGCAUUUACGCUGAGUGUACGGACAAUUGAUCCCUGGUUUGGAGCACAAGGGCCCAAGACGUGGAGGCGGAGGAGCACAUAUCACAUAAGAACUGGCCCCUUCCUAACCACCACGACACCAACAACCUACCGCGUCCUCCUCUCCCCCUACACCGCGCACCUCCGCCAAACCAUCCCCUCCCUGCUCCUCCUAAACCGCCAAAUCCACGCCGAAGCCUCAAAAGUCCUCUACUCAACAUACACAUUCAGCUUCCACAUGAGCAUCGAAGCAAUCGUCCCCUUCCUCUCAGACCUAACCCCCCACAGCCGCGCCGCAAUCCGGCACCUCAGCCUCACCAAAAAAGCCCUGCCCUACACCAAAGAAUUCGACCGCGCAGAAUGGAAAAGCAUGUGUGAUUUCCUCGCCGGCAUCAACGAUGACGAAUCCUCCACAGCGGAAGUAACAGCACGCCCAAUGCACCUCCACACCCUCGCCCUCCAGAUCAUCGCUGGAAAACCUGAUGUGGGCUGGGAUGCUAUUACUCCCAUGCGACCCCUCGACUUCGACACCAUGCUGCGCAUGAGGAAGGAGUGGCUGGGCGGCGUGCCUGAGGCGGGUGGCGGCGUGGAUUUGGAGUGGGUGGAGCAGUUUAUGCAGGUUAGAGCGAGGAGGGGGAUUAAAGUUAAGGCGUUAGUGGAGAGGUGUGCGAGGCCGGUUAGUGAGAAGCAGGCGUUUUGGGUGGCGUUUAGUAAGAGCGUUGCUGAGGGCGGGUUUGGGGAGUGGGUUAGGGGGAGGAUGGUUUUGUGA